AUGGAGGAUCUGUUUAUUCUGGGAUAUUCGUUGGUGCUUCUACUAUUGCUGUCGCUCUCGUGUAGGGACUUGGUCGUGUUGGCCAAUACCGACUUUUACAACUCGAAUGAUGUGCAAUUGUACGCCGCGCCGGACGACUGCCGUUCGAAUGAGCACUAUGAUCUGUUUACCUUCAAGUGCAAUCUGUGUGACGACGGAUUACACCUAAUCCCGUCCAAAGACAAACUGUCCUGCACGUGCAACGAACAAGCGGUGACCAUUCGUGACCAUGACAGUGUCCUUCAGCGGCCCGUUUGCCAAAAUGUGAGCGAAUUCUUUGCUCAGUUCCCUGCCGGCGAACGGUUCGAUACGGUCAACUACUGCAAAACGAUCCAAGUAGCCAACGUCAAUACGACGAAAUCUACCAGAAGUGUGUACCAACGGCGUGCUACCUUUCCACCCGGCAAUGAACGGUCGGUUUGCGAGUGUGACCUAAAGGCGAACGUGCUAUACAUCGAGCGGGAAUGGGGAUGGUCCAGUGAUCCGCGUGGUGCUCAUAAUUUUUGCAUACCGCUGUCACUGCUACGCGACGUACAGCACUUUCCAGCAUUUAGCCUGAAUCGGUUCCUGCACCAGAACCGGCAGAAUGUGAACGUGUACAAGAACGUGAAGUAUUUAAUAGUGUUUUGUCAUGUGAUGCGAAGCGUGCGACAUUGCCAGCAGUUGGCGAAUUUGUGCGUUCUCAGCUUCUACAGCCUAGAGCGGCAUUCACCGUGUGCCAUUUUCUAUACCUAUCAAACGUAUGACCUGGCCGCAUUAGGUGCUAGUGCGGGCCCUGGUGGGUCAGGUAGUAUGCCGAGCGUUGUUAGUGCUAGUCAGAGUUAUCUUGCCGGGGAUGGAACGGGUGGUGUUGGAGGAUCCUUGCCGAAGCUGGGACCCGAUGCCGCUCGGCCGGGACUGUUUUAUCGCCGUGGAAAGUAUGUUGGCGAGUUGCUUGAGAAGUAUCUGGACUACAGCUACGACAGUGAUGCCGCAAACCAGCUAAACAACACGCUCAAUUUCACCUUGGUGAGCUACAAUUUGCAUGGCCAUUUGCGACAAUUUCGCGAAAUGCGCUUUGCCGAUCUGAAUCUUUGCGAACGGUACGACGUUAGUCAGGAGCAGCGGAUACGCUUUGGACAGAACUAUCACCGCAAGUGUGUGCUAAAUGUGCACCGACUCGUGCAAGACUUUAGUGAGAUAGAGUUCCUGUCGCUCUAUGUGAACUACUACGAGCAGAGAGUACGUCUGAUGCGAUCAGUUCCGGUGCUGAUCGAGAAUGCCUUCAGUCAAAACACGGACACGGAACCGGAUCGUUGGCAGCUGGUAAAACGAUUUCUUCUUGUGGAUACUGUAUCGGGACUGAAUGAGCUGCAUAAGCCGAAGCUUUACGGGGAGAUGGAUGUGAGGAAUCAAUUUUUCUUUCUACGGUACGUGAGAAAGAUUCAGCUAGAGUUUAAGCUUCAUCCGGAUCAUGCUAAACAUCCGAACCGGAUCUCGGUACCACUGCUGAGGGUUGAGUACGCACUGCUCAACACGUCAUCGAGAGAUCACCUUUCCCAGUCAACAAGCACGGUCGAGUUCGAGUUUAGUGUGUCAUUUACUAAGACAUACAGCUAUUCUUCUCUACUUGAGAUUCUUCUACCAAUAUUCAUACUGCUUGCCUUUUCAAUGAGCGUCUUUCAAUCAUAUUGCUACAAAUUUCGCCAGAACAAAAUGUACUACGACAUGGAGAUCUUCUGGAACUUUAUCAUCUACCUUGGCUCGUAUCUCGGUACGGCGUUCUUGAUCGUGUUGGCGAUUAUCGUCCUGCAUGCCUUUUUCACGUACAAAACACAAAGCACCGUACAUCUCCUGUUACCACUGGAGGUUCAGGGCGUGGUGGAAGUCUUCAUAUACGUGGGAUUCGCAUUGAAGCUCCUUAAGCUGAUGCGCGUGUUUUUCUACAUGGCAAAUGUGGACAUCUUCUUCAUCGACUGGGAACGUCCGAAAAUAUUUGACAUUAGCACGAUGGGACAGCGGCUACAUCAGCUCGACACUCCUUCCAUUGCGUCCAGCACAAACACCAAACCCACCAAUUCACACGAUAGUGUAUCGGCUUGGCGGAACUAUUUCAUCGCCAAUGAAUGGCAAGAGUUGGCGACCAAGCGCAAAAUUUCCAUGUUUGCACACAUUAUCCUGCUGGCUCUUGUGUUUGUAAUAUUUGGCUUUGAAAAUUGGGCUUCCAACGCAUUCCAUCUGCAUCUCCACCGGAACGAAGAACUGCUAGGCGGGGCCGAUAAAAUGCUCCUGAUUGCGGUUGGCAUCUUAAUCUACAUAACCGUGUAUGUCGCGCAACGGCUUUACAAUUUCUUAAUACACGAUCGGUUUAUAGAAAAUGCCAUCCAACAGUUUAUCGAUGUCGCAUCGAUAGCGAACAUAUCGGUGUUUAUACUGAGCAUGGAGUCCUACGGAUAUUACAUCCAUGGUAGAUCCCCGCACGGUUUCUCCGACACCGACAUGUGCUCUAUGAUUAUGCAGUUUAAGCGCGAGGAAGAUAAUCUGUGCGGCAAUCGUGGGCUACUGCCGGGAUCCGAGCAACAAACGUACUCCAUACUGGUGCCAAAGAAUCUUCGUUUGUUCUAUGACAAGCUGAUUACACCGUUGAGAAAUUCGUCCUCUUUGGGACCGCAUCAGCAUCUAAAUCAGCCACAACUGAUCGGAAGUGCGAAGAUGAGCACCAGCGAAGUGUUUACUAGUCCGGGAGGUGGCCGGUUGGAGUACAACUUUGAACGGACGAUUCUAACGUACUAUAAUGUGAAUCGCUUUUUUGCUGCGUUUGUUGAUCACGCCCUCAAAGAUCUGGACUACAUAAUUCAAGAGCGAAGCAUUCUGGAGAAUAUUUUAAACUGCGAAUUUCAGAGCUACAUUACUGAAAACAAAGGUGUCUUCUACAUUGAUAACGGCCACUCUUUCGACCAAAUACUGUUCAACGGCAAUGAAAGCAUUUUCUUCCAGGUUGAGCUAUUGCUGUUCUGUAGCGUUGUACUGCUGACCGGAAACUAUCUGCUGGCCAUCGUUGUGAUUGGGAUCGUUUACAAGUGUUUCGAGGUUGUGAUGAACUACGUACUGAAGAACAAUCUCGCCAAGAAAACGUUGAUUGAUAAACGCUUUUUGAUAUAA